AUGUUCACGCCGCUCAUUUCUUUUGCAGCAAGCUUCCAGAUUGAAGGCUCGACCAAUGUCGACGGUCGCGGGAAGUCCAUCUGGGAUGACUUCGCCAAGCAACCUGGCAAGACACUGGACGGAAGGGACGGAGACGUUGCUACUGAUUCCUACAGACUCUGGAAAGAGGACCUGGAUUUACUCUCGUCCUAUGGUGUAAAGUCCUACCGCUUCUCCCUUUCAUGGUCCCGCAUCAUUCCCCUUGGGGGAAAAAACGACCCAAUCAACGAGAAAGGCAUACAGUUUUAUUCCAACCUCAUCGAUGCUCUGCUGGCGAGGGGAAUUGUGCCAUUCGUUACCUUGCAUCACUGGGACCUGCCACAGGCCUUGCAUGAGCGCUAUGGCGGGUGGUUGAAUAAGGAAAAGAUCAUCCCGGACUUUGUCAACUAUUCUCGAAUUUGCUUCGAACGAUUUGGCGACCGCGUCAAGCAUUGGUUGACUUUCAACGAGCCCUGGUGUAUCUCCAUCCACGGCUACGGUCGCGGUGUUUUUGCACCUGGUCGCUCAAGUGACAGGUCCCGCUGCCCCGAGGGCGAUUCAUCGACAGAACCAUGGAUCGUCGGACAUAGCUUGCUUUUGUCGCACGCGCAUGCGGUUAAGUUAUACCGCGAUGAGUUCAAGCCCGCUCAGCGUGGUCAGAUUGGAAUUACGCUGAAUGGAGAUUGGGCCAUCCCGUACGACAACACUCCUGCAAAUAUUGAAGCUGCCCAGCACGCUUUGGAUGCUGCGAUUGGCUGGUUUGCGGAUCCCAUUUAUCUCGGGCAUUAUCCGGAAUUUCUGAAGACGAUGCUCGGCGAACGACUGCCGGACUUUACCCCGGAGGAAAUCCAAGUGGUACUAGGCUCUUCCGAUUUCUAUGGCAUGAAUACAUACACCACGAACCUUUGCAUUGCGGGUGGAACGGAUGAACUGCAAGGCAAGGUCAAAUACACGUUCACGAGGCCAGAUGGCACCCAGCUUGGUACACAAGCGCACUGCUCAUGGUUGCAAGACUACCCCCAAGGAUUCCGGGAGCUGCUCAACUACCUCUGGACGCGCUACCGCACACCGAUAUAUGUUACUGAGAACGGCUUCGCCGUCAAAGACGAGAAUAACAAGCCAGUUGAGGAAGCGUUAUCCGAUCGUGAACGUGUUGAAUAUUUCCGUGGAACAACGCAGUCAGUGCUGGCUGCUGUUGUGGAGGAUGGCGCCUUUUGGACAAUUUCGAAUGGCGAGGCGGAUGGAUAUGUCACUCGCUUCGGCGUAACCUAUGUGGACUACGAAACGCAGAAGCGGUACCCCAAAGAUUCUGCAAGAUUCAUCUGCCAUUGGUUCAAGGAACAUCUCGCGAAGGAUGAACCCGCAGAAACCCCGUCGGAGGCGAUCGCCAAAUUGAAGGAUGACGCCCAGCUUGUCCAUGCCGUCGUAGCGUGA